UAUAGAUUAUAAGCGUUAAUUGCACGUACGUAGUAGGAGGAGCUGACUAUCUAGAAAAUUAAUGGAUUCCAAAAUAGUUGAUCAGCAUGAAACGAGUGAUAUUCAUCCUCAUGAUCCUCCUCAUCAUGAUCGUCUGGAUCAAAAGAGUACUACUACUACUCCGGACGAAUCACACAAAUUAUAUGAGCAUUUGGAGCAGAUCAAGGGCGAGUUGUUCAGAUUGGCGAUGAAGGCCGAAUGGAAAAAAGUUGUGGAGAAAUAUACGAAAGAAUUAGAGUCUGUUUACAACCUCAAGAUCACGAGGUCAGGGGACACAGCAUUACACAUAGCUGUCUCCGAUGGCCAAGAAGAAACAGUCGCAGAUCUUUUAAAGUUAAUGCAGUCUAAUCAUGCCAAGGAGGCUGUUAGAACUAAAAACGAGCGAGAUAAUACCCCUCUCCAUACUGCUGCAGCAAUGGGGAACCUGCCCAUGUGUAAGCUCAUAGCACAAGUUGAUCCAUCAUUGGUGGGUGAACGUAAUUGUGAAGGAGAGACUCCUUUUUUCUUGGCUGCCGUCCACGGUAAAAAGGAAGCCUUCCUUUAUCUCCACAAAAUCUGCGUUGAUCAGGAUGGCAAGCCGGACGAUAUUGGCUACACAUAUGCCAAGAGGGAGGAUGGUGAUACCAUUCUUCACUGUGCCAUUAAUGGCGAGUAUUUUGAUUUGGCAUUUCAAAUAGUUCACUUGUAUCCGGAGCUGGUUGACAGUGUGAAUGAGCAAGGAUUCUUCCCUCUCCAUCUGCUAGCCACCAAGCCUUCUGCUUUCAGAAGCGGUAGCCACCUUGGACGAUUCUACAAACUCAUCUAUCACUCCAUAUUUAUUGAUGAGCUGAAGCCUGAACAAGAAUACGAUGAUCAGAGUCCACCGGCAAUAAUAAAGAGUCGUAAAGAGGAAAAGAAUCCGAAUUAUCCAGAGAACUACAGGACAUGCGUCAACUUCUUUAGAUUGUUCUGGAAAAUGGCUCAUGUUGUUGUUCCUAGAACAAAGGAUAGAUCAAAGCCAUCAGAUGCAGAGAAAGGAAAAAAUGAUCAGUUAAUUAUAGCCCGUGGUAGUAAUGCAGAUCAUCAUGGAACUCGGGAUCAACGACAUCGGUUAUUUCCAACCAAUUAUGACACCUGCUUUGAAUUUGUCAAGUUUGCAUCCAAGGCGAUGCUGAUCAUCCUUGGACUAGGAUCUAGCUCGAUAAGAAAGAUACAUGAUAAGAAACAAAAGCACAAAUGGGCCGUUCAAGUCAUGAACGAACUUCUAAAACAUACCAAAACGUACGAGGAUUGUUACACAGCCGGCGGGGCGGACCCGAAUUUAUUUGCUGCAGCAACGCUACCGACAAUAUCCAAACACGAAGAUGAUGAUCAUCAACUGGAUACAAAGCCUUAUAAUGUUGAUCACGAAGCUGGCGGCCAAGUCGGCUUUGACAAUAUUGGUGGAGAAAUGGACAAAAAAAUUCAUGAGCCGCCGAAGAAGGAGUCUCCCAUAUUAAUUGCAGCUAAAAAUGGUGUCACUGAAAUCGUGGAUAAAAUCCUAGAACUCUUUCCAGUUGCCAUACACGACAUGAAUGUGGACAAGAAGAAUAUAGUGCUGUUGGCAGUGGAGAACAGGCAACCACAUGUGUAUAGAUACUUGCAUAAAAGAAAUAUCCUGGUUGACAGCGUGUUCCGGAAAGUGGAUAAAGACGGGAACAGUGCCUUGCAUCUUGCGGCAAAGCUUGGAGACUAUAAGCCUUGGCUCAUUCCCGGGGCUGCCUUACAAAUGCAAUGGGAAAUCAAGUGGUAUGAGUUUGUCAAGGAUUCCAUGCCAACCCAUUUCUUCCCCCGUUGCAACAAGGCGGGCAAGACAGCAAAGGACGUGUUCACCGAAACCCAUCAGGAACUAGUAAAAAACGGUGGUGAGUGGCUAACCAACACCUCUGAAUCCUGCUCUGUCGUUGCUGCACUCAUUGCCACUGUUGCCUUCGCGACGGCUUCCACAGUCCCCGGAGGUGUCAAGCAGGAUACUGGCACCCCGACGCUUGAAAACCAACCGGCAUUUGACGUAUUCGCUAUCUCAUCACUUGUUGCGCUUUGCUUCUCGGUCACUUCGGUGAUAAUGUUCCUUUCCAUUUUAACAUCAAGGUACCAAGAGAAAGAUUUUGGGACAGACUUGCCGAGGAAGCUCUUGGUGGGUUUAACAUCUCUGUUCGUCUCCAUAGCUUCAAUGUUGGUUUCAUUCUGCGCUGGACAUUUCUUUGUGCUAAAGGAUAAGUUAAAAUAUGCGGCAUUUCCAGUGUAUGCAGUCACAUGCCUGCCUGUAACUUUUUUUGCCGUAGCACAGUUUCCACUCUAUUUUGAUCUUAUAUGGGCCACCUUUAAGAAUGUGCCACAACGUAGCUACAAGGUGGUUCUCUAAAUAAUUAUAUAUAUCCACUUCUUCCAUAUUUUUCCUUUUUUCGAUAUCUUAUAAUCGAAUUGAGGUAUCCUUUGUUUGCAUGACAUAUCAUCCGUAUGAAGGAAUGAUUAAUUAAUUAAUGUUGUAUUUUUCAUGCAAUGUAUCCUAGACGGUUUUUU